AUGGGCAUUCCUCUGUUUUCCACUACAGGCGUAAAUGCCCGAGACAGUGCGAUGCCCCCAGAUGAAACGAUCGGGCCUGUGUGGCUAGCCGUAUCGACAACCCUUCUCGUUCUUCUCUUAAUCACUACCGCCCUUCGCCUUUGGGUUCGCAUAGCUCGUCGAAACUUCGGCUGGGACGAUGCGACGAUUGCCUUGGCUGCAAUAUUCGCUGCUGUCAGAUACGCCAUUGCAGCUAUGCAGUUACCCCACGGCAAUGGAAGACACCGUGUGUAUCUCAGCGACUACGACUACAAGAUGAUCAACAUGUACGGCUGGUAUGGACAGCUGUUCCACUUCACAUCGAUGGCAUGUCUCAAAUGUUCCAUCUGCGCGCUGGUCCUCCGACUCAAUGAUAAGAAGGGGCUACGAGUAUUCAUCUACACCAUCAUCGCCGGCGUACUGGUGACAAACAUGGGCGUUGUGGUCGUUCUCUUGGCGGAGUGCCGACCGGCAGGAUUCUGGAGAGGUCCCUCUGCACAGUGCUGGCCAAACAAGAUCCGCAUUUACUGGAUUUAUGCUACCAUAGCACACUCCGUUCUGACCGACCUCAUUCUCUCGUUCAUCCCCUUGGCUUUGAUAUGGAAAGUCAAGAUACCUUAUCGAAAGAAAGUUCUGGUGAUGUGUUUGAUGAGUCUCGGACUGGUCGCCUCUGGCUUUGGAAUCACCAGAGCGGCAUUCUUGGGAUUGUCGAAUGAAGAUCUUAGCUGGACAUUUUGCAUCGUCGCGAUCUGGUCGAAUCUCGAACUCUUUCUCGGUAUCGUCGCCGCAAAUCUUGCACUUUCUAGAGCGAUCUAUCUCUACUUCCGCGGACAACGUGAAGCUUCAACAAAGGAUCGGUCGCAUCCAUCUUCUUCCGCCUAUGUCAAUAGCGGAGGUCGCAGGGACCUUUUCAACUUCCCAUCAACGCUCAUCAGCUCCAGUGGUAGGCAUCAGCCGUCAGAGGCCAGGAGUUCGAACAGCGAUAUCCCUUUGGAACCAGGGAAGCUGAGGAGUGCAGAUGCUCGGUCGUAUGAGGACGCCCCUGGCGGUCUAACUGCCUCCGAGUAG